GGCUGUGUAAAGCUGUGGGCUGAGAGUGGUAGUAGUAUUGGUGUUUGCCUGUAUUUACAGCCAGCCAUGUAUUAAGACAGUCAGUGAUAGUAGUGUCUUGUAAGGUGAUGUUAAGUCAGUGAAGAGGAUAUAACUAUAUUUGUAUUAAAGACGGUUCAACUCAGUGCUUUAUAUAGUUCUAUGAAAAAAUCCUUGGAACUUAUCUUUUAGUAGCUGCAUUUUUAAUUCCUGAUUGUUUGAAUUUUCUUCAAGGAUUUGAGAAAACUUUUGAAAGAUACCUGUCCUUGAGGCAACAACUGAGGGCGGACAUUAGUGGCAGAUGUCAUUAACCAAAAAGCAGACGACAUUAAAACUUCACAGUGGACAGAGGUCUGGUCAAGAGGAGAUGAUAAGUGGAUAAAGUGGAAGUAGAUAAGAAGACAACUUGAUGAAAAGUUUUCAGAAGUGCUGUGCUUAAGUCUGUUCAAUUUAAUGGAUAUUUCAAAGUUCUGAGGAAAAUUGUGCAAAAAAAAUCUUGGAAAUUUAUUAUGAUUUAUAUUUAUGUUUAAUAUGAUUGGAGUGUUGAAAAAAUUCAAAAUGGCAAUGAGAACUGUAUUUACACUUUCGUUCCUGCUGGGAAUUGCUUCUGCACAAUUUCACCUUACGUAUGAUUUCCAGGAAGAGCAAAUAGUUGGAACUUAUGUAGGUAAUAUCGCUCGAGAUGCAAAAAUUUACGUAAAUUUUACUGCUGAGGAAUUCAAUAGUUUGACGUAUGCAGCUUUUGAACAAGACGAUGCAAAUAAAUUUGCUAUUAAUAAAACAACGAGUACAAUCCGCUCUGCUGAAGUAUUAGAUCGUGAAGUAAUUUGCGGACAAAUUCCAAAAUGUGAACUGCAACUUGAUGUAGGUGUCUAUCUUACUCGCAAUAAAGUCACCGAUUUGAAGAGAAUCCUCCGUGUUCUGAUCGUUCUUAAGGAUAUCAACGACAACAACCCUAUCUUUCCAGAAGCUGAUGUCACUUUAUAUGUAGCCGAAUCCAUAGCAAUACAACAAGAAAUUUUAACAAGCGGCGCAAAGGAUGCUGAUGUGGGACUUAACGGAAUACAAACUUAUGAGAUAGUUCCUGCAGAAGGUAUGUUUUCGCUCAAUGUGAUGAAUAAUCCUGAUGGAACAGCUGAUCUGGGUCUUGUUGUCAAACAUGCCUUGGAUAGAGAAACCAAAAAUUCAUUCAACAUUGUGUUAAUUGCCAAAGAUGGAGGAACUCCUCAAAAAUCAGGAAAUGUCACGAUUCAGAUUCACGUCACAGAUGUUAAUGACAAUAAACCUCAGUUUAUCAGUAAUAGUUUUGAAGAAACUGUUUUGGAAAGUGCUCCACUUAAUGUUCCGAUUCUCCAGGUUUUGGCCAUCGAUCCUGAUUCUGGGUCCAAUAGUAAGCUGACAUACUCUUUCAGUGCUCGAACAUCGGACAGGAUUAGAAGUUUUAUGGCUAUUGACGCAUCUUCUGGAGCUAUUUAUCCCAUACAACCUUUUGAUUAUGAAGUUGAAAAAUCUUUUGAAUUUUAUGUUCAAGUCAAUGACAAUGGAUCACCUUCAAAAUUUGAUCAGGCGUCUGUUACAAUUAAUAUCGAAGACGUGAAUGACAAUGCUCCAACAGUAAAUAUUAAUUUACCGCCAAGUGGAACAAUGCUUUCAGAAGAUACAGAUAUUGGAACUUUUAUAGCUACUGUUUCUGUUUCGGAUAAUGAUGGUGGCGCCAAUGGGGCCAUAUCUUGUGAAAUUCCAGACCAACAUUUCCAGCUGGACAAAUUUUCGGAAAUUUCUUAUAUUUAUAAAAUUUUAUUGAGAGAAGCGCUGGAUUUUGAAAAAGCACACAAUCAUGUGGUCAAUGUCACAUGUCAUGAUCAAGGUCGACCAGUGAGAACAAGCUUCUCGAGUUUUGAAUUAUCUGUUACGGAUGUCAAUGAUAACGCACCAAUUUUCACUCAACCAGAAUACAGAGUCACCUUCAUGGAAAACAACAAAAUAAACGACAUUGUAUUUAGAAUAACGGCUACUGACAAGGAUAGUGAUCUAAAUUCAAAGUUGUCUUAUGAAAAACGCGAUGAUUUUGACAUGUUAUUUUCUAUUGAAUCAGACACAGGUGUGAUCAGAGCCAAUGAAGUUUUCAAUCGUGAAGUAAUUGAUAAUGUAAAGUUUAAAAUUGUCGCUCGGGACUUUGGUUCACCUGUGAGGAGUUCGACCGUUGCCGUCAUGGUUAUCAUUGGUGAUCAAAAUGAUCACUCUCCUUUCUUCAAUCAGCCUCAUUUUAAUUUACAAAUAUUGGAAAAUCAGCCAAUAGGAACAGUUGUUGGUAAAUUAAAUGUAACCGAUUUAGAUGAUGAAGCAAAUUCAAAAUUGCUGUUCGUUUUCACUGAUAGAAAUUCGCGUGUGGAGGACUAUUUUCGAAUUGAACCUAGUACCGGUAUUGUUAAGACGAGAAGGGUGCUUGACCGUGAAGUUGAAUAUAAAUUUGAUUUUUCUGUGACAGUAACCGAUACAGGGAAUGUUGAUUUUAAUGAUAACGCGGGAGUUACUAUUUUUGUAUUGGAUGAUAAUGACAAUAAUCCAAUUAUUAGUUUUCCUAACGCCAUUAACAAUACCAUAUAUAUUCCUUAUACAAGAACAGCUGGAAGUGUAGCUGCCCAAAUCCAAGCAACGGAUUUGGAUACAGAUAGAAAUGGGGAGUUAGUUUACAGCAUUCAGACAGGCAAUGACAAAAAUAUCUUUGUUAUGAACAAGCGGACUGGUCAAAUAGUUAUUAAAAACAUGAUGCGACUCGAAGAUUCCAAGGAAUACCCAUUAGAGAUCAUUGUUCGUGACAAAGGUGAUGAACCCAAGACAACAUAUUCUGAGUUGAACAUCGUUGUUACUAUUGGUAAUGGUAGUCUGGCAACAUUUCAGAGUCAACGAGAGGCUAAACAAGGAGAAGAUAACUCUGCUAUUGUUAUAACAAUUGUUGUGGUUACAUUGGUUUUGGCACUGACCAUCCUUUGCAUCAUUGUUAUCAUUUAUAAAAUCGACAAAAAUAGAAAGAAGACUGCUGCUGAUAAAGCUCAUGCUUUGGCAAGCGUGAGAUAUGAUAGUCCUGCAUCUGAAAGUACAUUUUCUACCUCAGAGGGUAAUGAUGAUGCUGAUAAACAGUUAAAACCAGAAAGAUUACAUACGUUAGAGAGUGUGUCGUCUGAUGGCAGUUCCUCCAUGCAGUCUUUACCAUUUCCUUCAAUAGAACAACGACUCUUAAAGAGCUCUGGAAAAAAUGGGUCAACCCAGUCUUUAAAAGGAAGAACAACCCCAACCCAUCACGUUGAACCAGUACAAAACCCUUACGACAGUCCCAACAUUCAUAUGUGGCUUGAAAAUCAGACUUUAACAAAAAUUCCAGAAGAUUCCUCCAGUCAACUUUCCGGAGGAACCGAUCGAGACAGUGGGCGUGGCACUAGUGAAGAAGACAGUAAGAUAUACCAUAGUGAUCCAGAUGAGCCGAAAAUUUUUAUGUCUCCUCAGAACAACGGCAGUAAAAGAGUUCGUUUUUCGGAUAACAAGAAGAGCCAGUCGCCCAUUCCAGUGUCAGUACCAAGAACUCCAGUUUACUUACAUAACGAGCAUAAUCCUCAUCCAAGGGACACUGUAUCUAGAAAUAUCGCUAAUAGUUUUAGAAACUCCAAAAACUCUGUGAAUGGUUACGAACCUAAAUCCCACCCCAAUCAUCACCGUGGGAGAAAUGCGUAUCCUCCCAGUUCUUAUAGUGACAAUUAUAAUAACAGUAUAUCAGAGUCUGUCAAUGAGGACAACUGCUCGACGACGACGUCUGGGAGUUACACAAUAGACAAUGCAUAUGCAUUAUGUGAUGAUAUAAACAAUUUGUUCUUUAAAGAUACUGGUCCUGGAACCACAGUAGUAUAAUCGUGUCCCGUGAUGGUGAUUUUAAGACUUUAAUAUUUUUGCUUGUGAUAAAAACUAAUACUAGAAACUGCUGAAGGUGAUCAUAUAUACAUAUAUAUAUAGAACAAAACGGAGGAAUUGUGCUGAUGAAAAAAUGGAAGUUUAUUUGUAUCGUUACGCUUUGUGUCUGUAUUUAGCGAAGAUAAAGAUAUUGAUAAAUCACAA